ACCCUCGCCGCCGCCACCGCCACUCCAAACCCUAGUCUUCCACCCACCGCCGCCACCUCUACCACCAGCCGCUGUUCAUCUCUUGCCGUUCUCGUUGGUCUAUGGGCACCUGGUGUUGUUCCUCAGCCCUCACCAGUGAUGCCCUUGUCUUGUUGCUGAAGGAUUUGUCUUGUCGUCGUCAUGUCUUCGUUUCAUGAUUCUUUAGUUAAGAAUCUCCAUUGUACCUCGCAAAAGUUGGAUGGAAGGAACUAUGUUUUUUGGGCGCAGAGUUUUGAGCAGUUCCUUAUGGCUCAUAAGAAAUCAUCGUACCUCACGGCAGAUCCGCCGGACUCGAAAGAUGCCAAGUAUGCUGAUUGGCUUGCUGAGGAUGCUGCAGUGCGCUCAUGGUUGACCGGUAGUAUGGAGCCGGAUAUUGCCCGAAGUGUGGUGAUGUUGACUACUGCAAAGGCAAUUUGGGAGAUGUGCAGAUUGACAUAUGGAAAUGAAAAUAAUAUCUCUCGUGUUUUUGAGUUGUAUGAGCAACUGUUUACAGCCCGUCAAGGCGAUCGUACCGCCCCUCAGUUCUUCACUCACAUCCGUAGCCUGUUGGAUGAGCUGGAUAUUUACCAGCCAUUAGUUCUUGAUCUGGCCACCCUUCGUCGUUACCGGAAUGAAGUUGCAGUCAUCGCAUAUCUUUCCGGGCUCCCCGUUGAGAUGCAAAACCAGGUGAAGGGCUCUAUUCUGAGUUCUGAGAGAAUGCCUGAUCUUGCUGUUGUCUAUGCUCGCGUGCUUCGCCUGUCUUCUACAUCCACAUCUCCGUCGCCCGUUGUGUCCUCUGAUCAGUCCGCUUUGCUAGCUUCUCGUGGGCGUGGUGGUAAAGGCUCCUCUCGUGGUGGUCGAGGAGCUGGCCGUGGUGAUUCUCGGAAUAGGUUUGUGUGUACCUUCUGUCGACGGCCAGGCCACACUGAGGAUCGUUGUUGGGAUAAGCAUGGUCGCCCGGCAAUGGCCAAUGCUAGUACCGAGGUGGUCGAUCCGUCACCCACUUCUAGUGCUGAACAGUUUGUCACUAUCUCUCAGGCUGACUUUGCACGGUUCCAGCAGCUACAGGGCACAGCGUCUCACACCACAGUCUCUUCUUCUGUUUCCUCAGGUAAUGCCUUUCUUGCUUCCAGGGACAGUUCCUGGAUUAUUGACUCUGGGGCCUCUUCUCACAUGACAGGAUCUGCAGACAGGGAAGAGGAUUGGUUUGGGGCGUAAUCGUGGUGACGGCGUA